UGUUUCUCAACCUGUGAUCCUCCUUGGUAUGGUUGGUUUCUCUUUUAAUGAGCCUAUCUUAUCAGUGGGCCUCUUUGUUGUUAAGAAAACCUCUGAAAUCAAAUGGAGCGUGAUUGAUGCAGUGGAGCCAGAGCCCACCCAGAGGAGGGCUGUAUUCUGGGGGGAUUUGUAGGUCAUAUAAAACUUCUGCUGAGAGUGGACUCUUAUUUGGAAACCCUGCAAAGAACUGACUCGUCUAAAAAAGGGGGGGAAAAAGCUGUUAUGCCUUCUUUAGGGUUGCAGAUUCUGGGUGUUGGGCUGGCUGUGCUUGGAUGGAUUGGAAACAUACUGAUCUGCAUGCUGCCCUUGUGGAAGGUAUCUGCUUUCAUUGGAAAUAACAUUGUGGUGGCUCAAACCAUCUGGGAAGGACUCUGGAUGAGCUGUGUGGUGCAAAGCACCGGCCAGAUGCAGUGCAAGGUCUACGAUUCCCUGUUGGCCCUGCCUCCAGACCUCCAGGCAGCUCGAGCCAUGAUUGUCAUCUCCAUCCUGUUUUCUUUGUUUGGCCUGCUGCUUUCUGUGGUUGGAGGUAAAUGCACCACCUGUGUUGGGGACAAAAUGGCAAAAGCCAGAGUUGCUAUCUCUGCAGGCUUUUUCUUCAUCCUGAGUGGGGCUCUGUGUCUUGUGACUGUAUCGCUGCCUGCUAAUACCAUCAUAAAGGACUUUUACAACCCCAUGGUUCCAGAUGCUCAGAGGAGAGAGCUGGGUGCCUGUUUGUACGUGGGCUGGGGUGCAGCAGGGUUACUACUGAUUGGUGGUUCACUUCUCUGUUGUCAGUCCUUCAGAAUUGUUCGAGUACACUGCUGUGCCUUUUUAUUAGCAUUGUAG